UUCGCCGCCUUAGUCUUCCUCUUCCUUGCAUAAAAGGGCUCUAGGGUUCAUUUGUUGGAAGAGAGAAGAGAGACCGAAACACGAGAGGAGGCCGUUGCAGCCGCCAGGUCUUGUUGGAAUUUAUUUUGCAUUUGGAUUGUUCUUGAGAAUUGAAUACAGCUCGAUAUUGAAAUCCAAGUUUCUGAGACCAGGAAAAGCCAUGGCUGAAGAAGCAGGCAUGUUUAUGGUACAUCAAACCGUUGGCAGUGUUCUUUGUUGCAAAUGUGGUAUACCAAUGACACCGAAUGCUGCAAAUAUGUGUGUCAAGUGUUUGCGCUCUGAAAUUGAUAUUACAGAAGGUUUGCAGAAGCAUGUGACCAUCGUGCACUGCCCUGAGUGUGAUACCUACUUGCAGCCACCGAAAACUUGGAUUAAGGCACAAUUGGAGUCGAAAGAGCUCUUAACAUUUUGUGUGAAGAGACUAAAGAAUUUGAAUAAAGUUAGGUUAAUUCAUGCAGAAUUUAUUUGGACUGAGCCUCAUUCCAAGAGGAUCAAGGUCAAGCUAAGGGUUCAGAAGGAGGUUCUCAAUGGAGCAAUACUUGAGCAGGCUUAUAUUGUUGAAUUUGUUCAGCAAGAGCACAUGUGUGAAUCUUGUUCUAGAGUCCAGGCCAAUCCAGACCAAUGGGUGGCUUCCGUGCAGCUUCGGCAACAUGUUCCUCACAGACGGACUUUCUUUUAUUUAGAGCAGCUUAUUCUUAGGCAUGAUGCUGCAGGCCGUGCUAUAAAAAUUAAGCAAAUGGAUCAGGGUAUUGAUUUCUUCUUUGCUAAUCGGAGUCAUGGUGUAAAAUUUGUGGAGUUUAUUGGUAAAGUGACUCCAAGUAGGAGCCGUCAUGACAAACAACUUGUGUCCCAUGAUACCAAGAGCAAUAACUACAAUUAUAAGUACACUUUCUCUGUUGAAAUCUGUCCAAUAUGCCGUGAGGAUCUGAUCUGCCUCCCUCCAAAAGUUGCUGUUAGUUUGGGAAAUAUUGGUCCUCUAGUGAUUUGCACAAAAGUGAGCAACAAUAUUGCUUUACUGGAUCCUUUUACUCUUAGGCACUGUUUCUUGGAUGCUGAUCAGUAUUGGAGGUCAUCUUUUAAGGCUCUACUGUCUAGUAGGCAGCUUGUGGAAUAUAUAGUAUUGGAUGUGGAGAUUGUUUCUUCUGAAGUUAAUGUUGCUGGCUCAAAGUAUGCAUUAGCUGAUGCUCAAGUGGCUCGUGUAUCAGAUUUUGGGAAGAAUGAUACAAUUUUCAACAUAAGAACACAUCUAGGUCAUCUUUUAAACCCUGGGGACCAUGCUCUGGGUUAUGACGUAUAUGCAGCUAAUAGUAAUGAUAUGGAACUUGAAAAAUACAGGGGUUUUGUCCUUCCAGAAGCAAUUUUGAUAAAGAAGAGUUAUGAGGAGAAGCGCCAAAGAAAGCGUGGAAAGCCUCGUUCAUGGAAGCUUAAAUCCCUUAACAUGGAAGUGGAUGAUUCCAAGGGUAGAGCUGACCAAGAGAAGAUGAAUACAGAGUAUGAAGUGUUCUUAAGAGAUUUGGAGGAGGACCCUGAGUUGAGGUUUAAUAUAUCAUUAUAUCGAAAUAAGGAAUAUCAACCAUCAGAGAUGGCUUCUAUGACUGAUGGAGAGGAUUUACCUUCUGUGCCUUUGGAGGAGUUGCUUGCUGAUCUAGAUUUGAGUGAAGAAGAAGAUGGAGAUGUUAGCAUGAGGGAAUGACCUGAAGUGGUAUUUUUUCCAGUUUUGCCGUAUCUGAAUUUGGGUUCUCAGAAUAUGUGGACUUGUGAGGGGAUGUGCACAAGACGGUGGCAUUGGCAUAUGGUACAAGCUACAUCAGAUUUAUUUCAGAGAUGUAGACAUGGGUCCUCGAUGUUUCGUGUGGAGAUCACUUUCUUGUUUGGAGUUCUGCCACCAGUUUGAUGAUUUAAAAUUUACAAUUAUGUAUUAGAAAAGAUUCUUCUUGGGGGGGUUUAUAUGUAAGAAUAAUAUUUGGUAGUGAACUUUGUAGAUGAUGCUUUGGGACUAUAGGUUGGGCAUGCUGGAAAAAGACCAAUUUACUGAUGAAAGAGGAGAAUGCUUAGAAGAUGGUUAGCGGGCUGCUGUUUCCGUCUCCUUCUAAGAUUACUUGUCUUGCUAUGUUUUUGUAGUCUUAUUUGAGAUAUAAUUGAUGAUUUUACAUUUCUCUUUUCUUGGAUUUA